UCAGUAACCGAUCAUGAUCUUAACGUGCUAUCCUUUACGUUGUUAGGUGGAGAGUUGUUCUUAAAAUGUUGCUACAUGUUUAACGUUGGUUUACUCUUUGCCAAUGUAGUCAUGCGCCGUUUUGUAGGGCGCUUUUAUUGCUUGAAAUGUUUAAAUAAAAAAAAGAAUAUGGGCCCACCUAAUGCAGCCCUUAUGUUUGCCAUGAUUGUACGUUUGUAAGGUCUGGCAAAACAUGUCGUUAUUUUACAAUCCCUGUAUGGAUGAUAAGAUGCUAUGAAGCUGGCAAAAGACUAAACGUUUAAAAAUAUGUUUAAGCUUUGAUAAUAUGUCUCACCAUUUGAUCGUGUUCCAGAAACAUAACACCUGUCGGGAACGUAUUAAUUUUGGAACGACCUAAAUACUCCAAUUUACCAAUUAGUUUGAUAAAUCGUAACACAAAAAAAAACAAUAUCCUGCAUUUUCGCACCUAACCUUUCAGCUGUAGUACUGUUGGAAAGAGGAAAAAAAAUAUCCUGUCCUGCACACACGCAUACACUCACAAAUCAAUAUGUUUAAGUGCAGCUUUCUUCUCACUUUUUGCCUUGUUUCCUUCAAAACGUUUUCCUUCACAAAACUGCGCGUUUAGUAUUAAGAAGAUCCAACCCUGCAAGCCCGCCCCAUACAUUGAUCACUCAGGUGUAUGUGUGUGAAAGCUAUGAAAUUUAGAAUCUAAACUCAAAAAAAAAAACCAUACAAACAAAGAAAACUCAAACUAAAUGCAGCAUCUCGCGAUGUUAAACUCGUGAAUAUAAGAAGCAAUAAAUGGAAAACGAUCGUUUUGGUCGGUAGGCGCUACCAGUGUACGGUUUAGCUGCGAUCGUGACUAUAGUGGAACGCAAAAAGGGUAAGAACUAUUGUGCUUUGUAUAACAAACAAAAAAAGAAAAAAGAAAAGAAAUUACCCUACGCGUGCUUCCAAGACGCGAUGAUAAUAAAAACUAGUUGUAGCGAGGAGAAGCUAACAACAAUUUGCCUCUCAUAAGUUGCGCUUGUUUUGCUUCGGUUUAGUAAGCGUGUUUUGUUGCGUUUGAACAAAACGAAUUUGCAACCGAAGAAGGAAGCAAAAAGAUGGCGGCCAUGGCUUUAGGAAAGUGUGGCCUGCAUAACACAAAAGACUGGUUUAACAAAAAAGGAACUAAGAAAUUUAAAAAUGAAUUACAGAACACAAAACAUAACACAUAAAGAUGCAAGAACUAGAAAGAGAAGCGAGCAAGUGUGGCGUACAGCUACUUCGUCAUUGUACGCUUGUGGUUGCGUGUUACGUCAAACAAAGGAAACAUGAUAAAACAAAUGCUACACACAGUUUCUUUCACAUUCGCUUAUCGAAAAUAUCAUUUGAAAUAUCAGACGAUGGAGAACUAAAACGUAUAAAAAGAGUAAAAAAAAUUGUAGCAAAGUUUAUUAUUAGAUGAUUUGGAAAGUUAGUUGCAAAAAAAGCGUUAGAAUCAUUCGGUUUUUUUGGUCUAUAAAAUCUAUACUAAACGAAAGUAGCAAAUUAGCUGCAGCAAACAAAAAAAAACAUCAACACCAUUUGGAAAAAAUAACUAUUAUUGGAUAACAACGAAAUCAUAAUACAGCGUUACCCAAAACGGAAAUGAGCCAAGAGCUCAACAGAUAAGAGUAAGACAAAAAAGGAAAAAUGGGUAAUCGACAGCUUUGGUAGAAGGAGACAAAUUUACGUACAUUGGAGGCAUUUGUGUUUGUUUAUUUUUUUAAAUGCAAUUUAAAAACAGAAGAAGAUUGAGUUGUUUUAUGCCAUGGUUAGUAAUCAUGGGUGUUUAAUACAGGAAGGCCAAAACCAGAAAUGUAAAACUAACAAAUGGUACAAUACACCAGAUACUGGAAAGAUGUAAGAUGCAUUGAUGAGCGAUUUAGGGCAAUCGGUGUUAGGAUUCCCUGCAUAACCCUCCAAGUAAUAAGCAAGCGAAGCAAGUGAAAGUAAAAAAUUGGUAACAAAUAAAAAAAAAACAAGAAAAAAAACAAACAAAAACAACAAAAGAAAGCGAAAGGAAAUGCGAAUGGAAAAGUAUAUAUUUUUAUGAAUUAUGAAACAAAACUCACAAAUAAAUACAUACACCUUUACAUGCAUACACAGUAAAACUAAAGCAAACAAAACAAAAAGUAACAAAAAAAAUGUGAAAAACAAAAGGUGAUCAAUCUACACACAAAAAUAAAACAAAAAAAAAAGAAAAGAAAAGGAAGAAACAAGUAAACAAAGAUACAACAAAACAAACAAAAGCACUAUUUACUUAUGCUAGUAAGGAAAAACAAAAGAUGAUGAAGAAGAAGAAAAUGUGAAUGUCCAAGGAUAAAGGGAAGAAGAACGGGGGUUGCAAGCAGAAUCGAAUUGGAAUUUGUAUUCCCCCACUACUAUAAACCAUCUUUUGCUUGUUGCCAUAAUAGUGACACAGUUUUUUCUUUCCCUUCCUCCUUUCAUCCCUCCCAUUCACAACCCCGGGCAGAAUGAGGAAGAAGCGGGGUAACAACUACCUAACAAUUUUGUUCCCCCAUAUUAAGAGAUACUGUUUUUUGUCUGUUUUGAUUCUUUUUAUAUACAUAUAUACUAUAUAUAUAUACACACAUACUACGUGAACUCUGGACUGAACUAUGAGUGUGUUAUGUGCGAAGCAAAGGUUGGUGGCCAUUUGUUGAGACAGUUUCCAAUUUGUGCGCUAAAACAAUUCCCGUUUUACCUGUACUGUUUUGCUUGUUUUUUUUUUUUUAAUUUUUAUUAAAGAAAACUCUAAUACUAUCAUGUUGAAAGUAGUAGAGACCAUCGUUUACACAAAAACGAAGGAAAACAUAAUUACACCAACACACACAUACACAAACACACAUACAAAUACAAAUGCAAGUGAAAGCAGGAUAAUUCCGUUGCGUACAAAUGUGGCGCAUAAUGUUUCACGAACGGCCAUACCGAGGUGACUCGAAAACACGAUGGACGAAUUUUCCCGUAGCAUUAAGCGACAGGGAAGUAAUCAGAUCCGAUUUGAAAUACGAAACGAAAAUGCAAAGAUACAGAAUGCGAGAAGCGAGCGAAAGAGAAAAUUACGAGAAAAACGAACAGGCAACAUAAGAGGAAUAAAAUGCAACAAAAAAAAUUCUACAAAUAAACGAAAACGAAAACAAAGUCUAUCUUUUAUUCUUUGCUGACAGCAUGUAAGUUGUGUAGUUUGGUGGGACCAAACUCACGUAAAUUAUUACGAGUUGCUAAUCCUGGAUCCUAUCGAUUACUUAUCAAUAGCUGAUGACAUAGGAACAUAGGAACCUUUACGCAAAGUUUUCAGAAAUGUUAUUCAAUCCUCAUGGCGGUUCGUAUAUCCGAGAGUUCAUAUUCUCCUCUCGGAUAUCCGAUCCAACUGAUCGAUCCUUUUUGUCUGCAUGGAAGAACCGUAAACGUGUGAUGUCUAAGUCUUCGCCGUAUGCUACGAACUGGAUGGAUUUCCAUAUGAUUAUUUCUCCAAGUCCCCAAUGGAGUUUCGAGGAUGGAACUAAGACCGGCACAUAAAACUGAACUAAAAAUUCAUCAAUAAAAAAGAUUCCGCUGUUUCGGGCAUUUAAGUCUUUUUCGCGGGUUGUUGGGAGUUCGUAUUUUGUACAUCUUGACUUCAAAUUAUAAUGUACGCUAAUGGCAUCUUUAUCACUAGAUGUUAAUGUUUUAAAACUAAGUUUAAAAUUAUGCGGAGGUAUAAAAAAAUGUCUGCCUAAGUUAACUACGCUUUUUGGGUCGUUCAAAAAUACAUCUUGUGUCGGCUGUUGGAAUAGACGAGUCAUCCUCAGAUGGUUUAAGGGGAAGAGUAGAUCCAUUAAAAGGAUACCUGUUAAAACACUAAAGAUCCCUAUUCUAAACAUAAAAAAAGUAAGCAAAUCCAUGAUUUAUUUGCGUUCAUUGCCAUGCAGACACUAAAACAGGUCAUCGAUCGGUCACAUCUGUACGCAAUCUGGAUCUCAUUGCCAAUUAAUAUCCUUCGGCUAGCACGUACACCAUUAAAGCCUCUCUUUUACAGCUUAAUAACUACUUCUCUUCAUUGCCACACUGGACAACUUUCGCUUAUGACGCCAGUUGUUUGAUCGCAAUUUUUGAACUAACUUCCGUUUCGGUGGCUGGCACAGUUUUCAUUACUUCGGCACCGCAGUGAAACUGCAAAAUUGCACUUUUACCGUAUCUGUGGCCGGUACAACGUGCCCAACAUACGUGCCGGAUCCGUUCUAUUCCACGAGGAUCCGGAUUGUAUCGAUCGGAUUGCCGGGAGAAAUUUUACCCUUUGCGGACGCACGUGCUUGGCAUUAGCGCAUUUGUUUUCGCGCUCACCAUUUUGAGGCCAUCGACCACUGUCGAAUGCUUACGCGUAGGAGAGCCCUUUUACGCAUGCAAAGCAUGCGUGACAUGUUUCGCUUUGUGUGGUACACACGGUGCACAGCCGACAAAAUCCGACCGAUCGAUAGCGCGCUUUCUUAGUUCCGGCGAUGAGCCAGUGUUCGGUGUUCGUUCCGGCUGGCAAGCCGCCACAGUUAUUAAAUGCGGAUGUGUUGGUUGGUUUUGGAUGCAACGUUUUUUUUUUUGGGAGAUAGAUGAAAUUUCUCUUUUCUUUUGUGCAGCAUUCUAGCUACUGAUGCGGGUUUCGGUUAAAUGUCGCGAGGUGGAAACUGUGGCGAGCAGCAUUGUCCUCACGUUACUGUGCGAAUGUGCUCAAACUAAUAAAACACACACUGAUUAUUAAUGAUUGUAUGUAAACAAAAUGAAACGCUGGAAGGGUAGAAAUGGAACGGUAGGGUACAAAAUUAAGCCAUAUUGUUUAGUGACUGAGCGCGAUCACGUUAGCUUAAGGGAAAAUGGGGUGAAAAGCGUUAGGUUUUAUUUUUCUUUGUAAACAUGACUAAAACUUAACCUUAACUUUAUUUUACUGUGAAUUGUUAUAGUAAAGUACAUAAUUUAUCGUAUGAGGUCUUUAGAUGCAAUUACAACUGUAAAAAAUUUUAUCAUUAAUUUUUCCCUGUAUAUUAAGCAUUAUUUAAGUUUUUUCCGUGAGAAAACUAAUUAUUAUUAAACAAAAAUUUGGAUAAAAAAGAUAUGGUUAAGAGAUGUUUAGAAUAAUAAUUUCAAAUGUGUGUCUCGAGUAAGUGGAUUUGGCCCCACGCUCUCCUACGUGUCGCUGCUGUACAGAACAAACGUUUGUUCAAUAUCGACGGAACAAUAGUAGGGCGGGAAGCGUCUGCAUUGUACUGCAGUACGAACGAAACGGAAAAUGUGAACAAGUGCCCAUCUUGGCAAACCCUGCCAUCCCUGUGUCAGGAGCUUUUAUUUUAGUAGUCUUUGAUAUGAACCGGUGGCCGUCAGUUAAUAGAGUGAUUUCGAGCGAUUCAGACGUAUGUGUCACCGUGAGUGAAGUGUGCCAAAGACUUCUUUAGGAGCUUACGAAAGCAACAGUGUUGCUACUGUGUAGUGUGCUUGUUCGGUUGCUGUGACAACGAUUCGGUGUGUUUGAAGAGAUCUUCAUCCAUGAUGUGGAAAAUUACACUGAUCGUGACGCUAACUGUGAUCACCGGAUUUGGAUGGGGUGCCGAAACCGAUGAAGCAAAGAAUGCGAAAGAUUCAUAUUUGGCAGCACUUAAAAAUUCGCACAAAAUUAACGCACUACCGUACAAAGGCACUCCGAUAAGGAUAUCACGCGGUGAUUACAACAUCGUCCCGUCCAGUUCUUAUGAGUACAGUGUUCCUUCGGGAAACUAUGGUCCUCCCACUGCAACCGGUAAUGAACUGUACCAACCUGCACCACACAAAGAGUAUGGUCUACCACCUAAACCCGUGUAUGGCCCACCGAAACCAAUCUAUGGUCCACCAGCACCAUAUCCACCACCACCACCACCGCCCGGUCCGGUCAGCCAUGGCAUGCCGUACUUUAGUCCAGAGAAUUGGCUACUCAGCAAGCUCAAGUUUAAGUUCGAUCUGUUCACCGUCGGCAAGAUUCUGCUCAAGCUGGUCAUCUUUAAGAAGAUUGUAAAGUUUAUCGCACUGCUAUGUUUGCUGUUCUUCCUUCCUACGCUGAAGCCUUCCGGUGGUGGACAUGGCGACGAAAGCAGUGAAGAAGAUCGUCGUCGAUCGUACGAUAUACAAUAUGACUACGAACAACGACUGGGAGAGAUGACCAAGUUUGCUCUAACCGCCCUGGAAGCAUUUACCGUUGAUAACGCAUUGUACUGUCCGGAAGAGAACCUGCUGUCCUGUCGCUUCAAACGCAUGUUUGACGUAAUCGAUGAAUCUUACCCUGUUUCGAGGAUCUACAGCAUUUAUCUUCCUCCUACUACAACGGUUAGCUCAGAGCAGAAUAACUCAUCAGAAGAAAAAGAACACACUGUAAAUAGGAUCGAUAACAAUGUGGGGCAGGAGGAGGAAAAUUAGCUGCCAUUAUGUAUAUGCACACAACAGUUAGUAGACGAACCUUGGGGGUGAAGAGAAGCCUUUGCGUUAAUUAGUGAUUACGAUGAGUUACGUUGAUUAAAGAAUGUUUAUAAUUUAUUAACAGAACAUUGGAAUAGAUGUACUUUUAUUUCCACAAAAAACCAUUCUCUCACCAAAACACGUAUGCAGCCAUUCAAUGUGCGUGAGGGAUAAUGCGCCUCCAUCGCACCACUGAAUUGACCAAAAUUUGACGUAAAUUUUGGGUAAAUGGAAAUCAGAAUUUUCAAAAACUAGGUAAAUCUGCAUGCCCUGCAACUUUUGUUCAUUCGGGUAAAAACAUACCCGAAAACUUCAACACAACUUAUUAGUUCAAUUUCUGUAAAACAAUCACGUAUGCAGCCUAACGGUAUGUAUGAAGCACCAUGCGUCUCCAUCAUUUCAGGUUUCUUUCAUAAAUCAAUUCAAAAUUUGGCAUAAUUAGUUC